AUGGCGGGAGAAACAAAGGACGUUUGGGUUGCUCUUAUGGGUGUUACUGGCUCUGGGAAAAGCACAUUUAUUUCCCAUUGCACUGGCCAGAAAGUCACUGUCGGAAAUGGCCUCCAAUCCUGUACACGCAAUGUAGAGGUCUUCAGCUUCACCUACCGAACCGGACUCACGGUUCAUUUGGUCGACACUCCAGGCUUUGACGACACAAACAGGCAAGAUGGUGCUGUCCUUGGAGAGAUCUCAGGAUGGCUCAGCAAGACCUACACGGAACAGAUCUACCUCAGCGGCAUCCUUUACUUUCACCGUAUCAGCGACAUCCGGAUGCAGGGCACGGGUAAAAUGAACAUGUGGCUACUCCGAAAGCUCUGUGGCCGUGGGGCGGUGAAUAAAGUCGUUCUUACUACCACCAUGUGGGAGCUGGUCGAGAAGAGCACGGCUGAGCAGAGGCUGAAAGAGUUGGAGGAGACGGAGGAGUUUUGGGGAUAUAUGAAGAAGAACGGGGCAGGAGUUCACCGACACUACAACAACAAAGAGUCGGCACUAAAUGUCCUCAGUCGGUUCGUGCCUCAGGAGCUGAAUGUCGAGCCCGAGGUUAUAAAGCUAGCUAUACAGACUGAGCUGGCUGACGAUCACAAAACCCUUGACCAAACCGGCGCAGGAAAGAUGCUCAACGCGGAAUGGGCUCAGGAGAAGGAGUCUCUCGAGAAUGAGCUUGUCCAAGUCCACGAAGCCAUCAAGACGGCGGCUCAGGAACGUGACAUGAACACAGCCAAGCUUCUACAAGAACAACAAGAGGAAAUGAAGAAAUCUGUCGAAAGGAUGCGAGUCGAGCAGGAGAAGCUCAGGGUCACGAUGGAGCAGUUGCAUGCUGAGCGACUAGCCAAGAUGAAGGAGAUGUUGGAGCAACAGAGAGACGCCACUGACUCUCUGAAUGCAGACUUGUGGGAGAAGGAGAGGCAACGACAACAAGAGCAGAAACGCCACGAGGAGGAGAGGCUCCGAAACAAGAAACUGGCAGCCGAACAGCAGAAGGCUAUCCGUGAUCUGACAGCGAAGCUAAGCCCUGCCCAAUCUCCCAGUGCUGCUGAGCCACCACCUUGGACUCCACCGGCACCUGAAGCACAUAAGCCAGCAGGAACAAGGUAUGCAUGA